AAUGUCUGUUGCGAGCAGAGGAUCGGCCGACCAUGAUGAUGGACCUCAACUUCUUAGAGAUGUUUGGGGCUUGACAGCUACCGCCUUUGUGAUUGUGAUUUUGAGGAUCAUUGCAAAAUUAAGAAUUGGGAAAUUCGGGCCGGAUGAUCUACUGAUGGGGUUCGCCCUGGUUAGCAAGUCCUCUCUCUUUUAUCAUUUCCUUGACAAGUUGAAGCACCAAUUGAGCACGACAGUCGGAUCAGCCAUGAUAACUAUCGGGAUUCAUUAUGGAUUCGGUCAAAAUAUGGACAACCUGAGUGAUGCAAGUGUGUCAAAGGUCAUCAUGUUUGACUAUCUUACACAGACAUUUGGACUUGCAGGUGGGGCCUUGGGACGGGUGUCUUUCAUUGUCUUCAUCAUUGGACUACUCGUUUCAAGGCAAUGGCAUAGAUUGGUCUUUUGGACAUUGAUUGGUCUUCAGUUGAUAGUCAAUUCGAUGUUUAUCAUCAUUCUUUUUGUUCAGUGUCAAGGGCAUGCAUCGGCUAUAUGGGAGCACUCCGACAAAGCCAAGUGCUGGAGUACUCUAGUGCAGGCUUACUAUGGAUAUUUCCAAGGAGCCUUUAAUUCAGCAACUGAUCUUUACCUCGCUGUUUUCUCAACCGUCAUAUUUUGGACACUGAACUUGAAGUUAAGGGUCAAAUUAGGACUCGUCGCAUUGCUGGGACUUGGAAUAUUCGCGAUGAUCGCCGCCAUUAUCAAGACGGUACAAACCCGUGUGCUCGCAUCAUACGAUAUGGACCCAACGAAGGCAACAGUUAGCUACGACCGCUGGUUAUUUAUUGAAACAUACUUGGUGAUAAUCACGGCGUCUAUACCAUGCAUUCGAUCCUUGCUGCGUUCAAUGAAGGGUCAACCAUCCACAAGCAGGAAUACACACGAACUUAGCUCGCGCUAUGUGGUAAGCUCUAGUACGCCCACAGGUCGGAGAAAGCGGGACUCGUCCAUUGAUGGAAAGCGAAUAAUCAAUGUCUCCGAGGGCCAUGCGAGUACUGAUGAUUGCCAAAGUGAUGGCCAUGAUGAUAUCCAUGACCCGGGAAGCUCAAGGGAG